AUGGCGAAUCGCUACGACGUGGCGUACGAGUACAUCAAAGUGAGGACGGACAAUCGCAUGUUGAGCUUGAUCGACACAACCACCCUUGGAGAUUGGCGGCGACUGCCGCGCUAUCAAGAGCAGCGCAUGAAGGAGAGGAAUCCUAGGCUGUUCUUGACGGGAGCAGGGUGCACCACAGGAGGCUUCUUCCCAUGGUACGUCGUAGAUCGAGAUGGGCCGCUCCACUUGUUUGAGAGCAAGCGAUUCGUUGAGAAGAUGGUGGUCCGUGAAGUGCCGGCUUGCACCAAGACAGUGACCUUGAACGCAUCCUAUGUCGAAGAGGGGUUGGUGUUUGAGGCGCUCACCCUGAUGGGCGGCGACAUGUUGUGCUACGUGUUCAUCCCCAAAUGUGAUGUGCUGCGGGGGCGUGAAUUGAGGGAGGCCAUCUCGAACGAGCUCGAGAGUAUCAAUCCCAACCAGUGGGGGUGUUAUUGCAAGCUGAAGAUGAUCACCUCUCGGAGCGCUUUCGAAGUCAAGGACUUUAGCACUGUGUGGAAGCACAGCGCACGUGAACAAGGUGAACUUGAGGUCAAAAGGCGCAAAGUCAUGAAGCAGGCGCCUGGGCUCUGGUUCCUUGAAUUGAACUACAAGAACUGCUCGAAUCAGACCAUGCGCGAGGCAUUGAAGUGA